GAUCGGCAGAGGCAGACCCUGCGUGCUCACAGCCAUAGGACCCAAGCAGCCAUGGCACAGAGGCGCAAGAGGCGGAGGAUGAGGCACGCAGCGAACCAUCAUGGGCUCCACCGCUUCUCUCCUGCACUCCACUACUGCUCCUUCCUCGCCUUCUCCCUCCACGUCUCCGAACCAUCACGGGCCUUCGUGCAACCUCCGACUAACUGGAUGCGGUGCUCAGCGGGAUGAGGUAGCCACAGGUGAUGGGGAUCGACGAAACCAGGUCGUGGUCGAUCGAAGAAGCCAAAGAGGAGCUAGCGUGUGCUGGCAACCGCACGCGUCGUCCCGGAGCUCGCGCCGCCCCCGUCUCUGCCAGGAGCCGGAGAGAAGGUCGCGCCGCUCACGUCCGCCCCUCCCGCCCCCGCCCCCGCCGUUCGUUGACGCCCGAGGUCGCAGCCGCCGCGUGCUGCCGUGCGUGCGUGCAUGGACCGUGUGUGCUGACUGCAGCCGUGUGCUAUCGCGCGUGCGUGGUGGCCGCUGCGUGCAGCCGCAGGCGUCACAUGCUGUCGCGCGCGCAUGGUGGCCGACGGCUGCGGCUGCACGCAGCGGCCAUAGCUAACCAUGAAGUUCAAUGCCUCUAUCAAUUUCUCCACAAAUCUCUUGCAGAUUUUUUUGUGUAUAUGCCUACAAGGUGCUUGAUGAAAAUCCAACCAGGCUACAGGGGAAGAUUACUUCUUUUUUAUGCUUUUCUGUGUACUCAAUAAUUCUUUCUUCUUCUUCUUCUGAAAUUUAGCUGCAGACAAUGAUAACUUACAGUACAAUAUAUAUCGCCUGCACGCAUCAUAUAUUGCUUCUCUAGGUUAUGUGAGUUGUCUCUAUUUCACUACAUGGCAAAAUGGGGACCUCAAUAUGCAGCUCUAAUUGUUCUGUGCCGA